CCCUCCCCCCGGAAACGCUGACCUGACCCUAUCGAUAUCAAAAAUGCGAUCGGGUUUCAAAACAAAAUGGCUGAAGAGAGUGAAGGGGAACCAAAGAAGGUAUUGCUAUCUGAGGAUGAAGAAGAAAAACAGGAAAGAUUUGAUAAUCACGACAGAAAUGUAAACGAGGAAAAGCAAAACGAAACUACAAGAUACAAGGGAUAUAAUGAGCCCAAAGAUGGUGUAUUUAAAGAACAAAGUAAUAAUACAGCUCGUUGGAGAGAAGACGCAAUGAGGAUGUCAAAUAUCGUUGAAGAAUUGGAAAACAGAUGUAAAAUACUAGUGUCUGAGAACCAUCAACUAGAAGCAAUGAUCCACAAAUGUAGGACAGAAUUCGAUGUGGAAACCACUUAUCUCAAAAACCAAGUGAAAAAUGAACGUGAACGUCAAAGCCAAUGGAAGGAAUUAUAUUUUAAAGCAUACUCAGAACUGAUGGAAUUAAAGCGACAAAAUCCUUUCCAUUCACCCAAAAAUGAUGUAGAAUACAUUGUCAGAAGAGGCAGUGGGUUCCCACCAAGACCUAGAACGGACAGUGGUUGUCAGGAAUGUGAAGAUGAACGAAAAAGGAAAGCAUCUGAAAGUGAAAACUCUGGUAGCAGGCAUUCGAGCUCUCAUAGCUUAUAUCCAGGUCCACACGUUCAAGAGCGCAUCAGUGUUUCUAAUGCUGGAAUGCCACCAAGUAAAUCUAUGCAUCAUUCACCAGUUGAACCUAGCAUGGUUACUAGUAAGCCUCCUCAUCACGCUGACGUCAUACCCGAAGAAGAUAUUAGUCGCCCACCUGUUGGUCUGCCAGUUUUACAAUCCCCUCCUAAUAUGCAAAGACCCUCAUUUGCAGCACCGAUGAUCCCGAGCCAAGUGUACAAGCCAGACCUACACUCUCCUAGAGAGCACAAACAGUAUUUCAAGUGUCAACUUUGUGCGCAAUAUUAUGACUCUGAGCAGAAGUUAAGGUUUCACAUGGAGUUGCAUAGUGAAAGGUAUGUCCCUGGACAUACUAAUGACUUUCCAGACAAUCAUCCAAACAUGAACCCAACUGAUUAUUAUAUAUGUCCAGAGUGUAACCAGAGUUUUAAUAAUGAUGAAAACUACAGACAGCACUUGCUUGUACAUGUAUUCAAAUGUAGAUUUUGUGGUCAAACUAUGGACAAUGAAAUGAAUUAUCUAGUGCAUAUUAAAAGUCACUCUGAGAGCAUUAAUCUGCCUCCUUAUUUUUGUUUUUUGUGCGAUAAGCAAUUCUCUCACAUUACACAUUUAACUCGACAUGUUCGUAUGCAUCCUGAUGAACAACCUUUUGAAUGUCCUGAGUGCGGAAAACAUUUUUCCAGGAAGGGCCAUUUAACAAGGCAUUUAGCCAUGCACAGCAAGACACGUCCAUACACCUGUACAGACUGUAACAAAACUUUUGCACAUCGUACCCACUUGAGGAGACAUGAAAUAGUUCACUCUGGUCUUCGUCCACACCAGUGUAAAGUUUGUCAUCAAUCAUUUAGUCGAAAGUCAAGCCUGUCACGUCAUUACUUUAUCCAUACCACUGAAAAGCCAUUUGUUUGUCCAGUGUGCGAAAAAGGAUUUAACAGAAAAGGCAGACUGAAAAAUCACUUAAAAAUUCACAUACGCGAGGGUUAUCCAGAGUUGGUUGAUUAUGUGAUAGAAAGAAGACCAAUCACAAAGGAAUUUAUCGAGAAAAUAAACGAAGUUAAAUCUGAUGAGUUGCUACCUCAAGGACCCACCGAAAAUUACACUGCACAAGAUGAGUUAACUCCAAAUGCGGGCUCCGAAGAUCCUGAAUAUGCAACUGCUCAAGCUAACAUGUCCAAUCCACAUGUCCAAAUUGUCAAGGAUGAAAGUGACGAGUCUUCAUGUUCCGAUUCAGAGGAGGGCGAUAUUGACGAGGUGGAAGCAAAUAUGAGUGAGGAAAUAUGUUACUAUGAGCCAGCACAGGCUCUUGAAACAAACAAUAACAAUAUCUACCAGAAUGACUCUCUUGCAUCAACUGCAACCAUGGUAAAUGAUAUUAAAUCUGAAAACUACACAACCAGUCCACUUAAUACGUAGUGUAUUGGUCAACAAAACUGUUGAAGUUAACUUACUGGUAACUUUGAGUAUAGAGCUGCUGUGUAUUUGUUUGAAUUAGCCAUACAUCUUUGUUUCGGUUCUUAAAGAUACCAAUGAUUCUGGUGAUUGUACCUUUAUUGUAUAUUAUAUUAUUUUAUUAUUCCUAAGUUAUUCCUGCAUCUAAGCCAUGUUGUUGUUGUUGUUGUUGUUGUUGUUGUUGUUGAUGUUGAUGUUGAUGUUGUGUUCCGAUACUCACAUGCGUGGGUCAGGUAUUGGUUUAACCAACUUGUAUUGUAUCCAUUUGAAAACAUAUGUAUGUAUUGGAAGUCGGUGUGACCAAUCUCUCUUUUUUUGAAUAAUGGUUAGCCUUGGGAAAUCUUUUUCAGUUAACAAUACUGUUUUUGCUCAAAUGAGCUCCUUUGCUAGGUAAAUUGCCCCCUUAAACGAGUGAGUACCCCCCUUUUGGUGAAAAGUUUUUAAUAAGUAUUCCCUUGAAUGAGCACCACUUUUUUUCAAAGUAGACACUUUUAAAUAGAACAGUCCUCAAAAGGGGGCGGUCGUUUGAAAAUAACUUAAAAAACGAAUGCUUAAAGUCCCAAAUCAAAUAAGCUCUCUGGGAACUUCUUCAAAAAAUGAAUAAGAUGUUAACAUCGAAGAAAGGUACAAAUUUGCCAGAGAAAAAGUAUUAGCAAAUUUAAUUGCCCUAGUUCGCUCUGUUAUAAACAUAUGCAUAUAAUUACUGUUUAAAAGUUUUGUCAAGUUGAUGCAAAUUCUACUAAUUGCUACCCUUUUCAGUAAGUUGAAGAAGUUAAGUGCUUAACUUAAAGUUAAAUCACUUUCUUUUCAACUUACGUUGCGUCGAAUAUCGGUAUGUUAACAAAGAAGGAGUGUAAAUAAUAUAUGACAUCAGUAAUUUCUUGCCAAUGCGAACGAGUUUGAAUUUUAAAAAAAACGUAAAAAAGUUUUGAAAUCGUGAUUUGCUUAAGCAGUAUCUUAUUUUUGCACCGCUAAUUUGAUGUGCAUUGCAAGUAUGAAAAUUCAUAUUUUAAUCUCUUUAAGAUAGAGAGUAUUUGUUUUAUGUGUAAAACUUCUCGAAAAUUGGAGAUCAAAUCUCUUCAGAAAAAGUAAAUUUAAAUAUUUUAGUGUUUGUAACUGUUUACACAUGUAUUUUUCACUUUGUGUUGCUUUUAACGAGUUAAAUCAUGUUAAAAUACACAUGAUUAUACACACCUAAAUAGUAACCAAUGAUGUUCCAAUACAUACACAUGUCUUCUAAAAUAUUUCCCAAAACAUACAGCCGAAUCUGCUUUUAAAUAAUGUAUUUAAUAAAUCUGUAGUAUUUUUUAUAUAUAUAUCCUUUUUUGUAUCAUAAUGUAGAAAGAAGAGGAAUUUAUUUUAGUAAUUAGAAUUCAGAGUUUAUAAAUUGUUUUUCUUUUUUGUACUGUUAUGUAUAUAGGCUGUAAUUGCUCCUAGUGAGACUCUGUGCUUAUUUAACAUCUUUUUUUACAAAUGGGAAAAUUUUGCCUUUUUUAGUUGAAGAGUGAUUACUUUAGCAGGGUUUUAUGCAUAUGCCAAGACCCGAAGUGAACCAGUUUGAGUCACACUGUUCACAGUUUAUUUCGUUGAACACUUGACACUUUGAACAAAUUCAAAGCUAUUUUUGGUGGCAUUUUACUUACUUUCAAUGAAAUUUUUCGGCAGUGCGAAAGGUGGUAUUUCUUCAGUGCAGGGUCACGACCACAAAAGAUUCAGCAUUUCAUGUGUUACCCUCAAAUUAUGAAAUGAAACAUCAUGUUAUACUUUUUACAACGAUUUGGAAUUUCACUUUGGUUCCAUGCAAAUGGCCUCUAAGUUAAAUUCCAGGUUUUUAAUAAGUGCGUAAAACCCAGGAUUUUUUUAGUCUCCAAUUAGUUUUAAAAUCCUUUUAUGGUAUGGUGUUAUGGUAUUAUGAAUUUUUUAUGUCAUGUAAUAUUGAAUGUUAAACUUUGUUAUUUAAAAAUGUCGGUACUGUGGCUUAGUCACAAUUUUAGAAUAAUUAUUUUAACUUAUAUUUUUUCAGUUUCUUAUUAUAUUUUAUUUUUCUCUAGUUAGUAUAUUAUGAAUAUGCCAAUAUUGGUUACAAGGUAUAUCUUAAAACACUUCUAAAGCAACUACGAGUAUGCUAAUCAUUUUUUGUGGUCUAGAUUUUAAGUGGACUUGAACAUGUGUCUAUUCUGUUUUUCUGGGUUAUGUUUUUUUCUGUUUCUAAAUUCUAAAAGAAGGGCAUGGAAAAGAAUUUGUAAGUUGCUAUUUUAAACAGUUUUUCAAAUACCCUUUAAGCUUUAACAGAAAAACAUACAAUACCCCAAACUUCUGUUUUUCUUGUUGUAUAUAUGUAAAAAGUGAAAACAUUUUUGUUAAAAUCUUUGUUUAUAUCCCAAUGUGUUUUGUAAAAUGUUGUUAUAGUUUUUUUUUUGGUUCUAUGUUGUAAAAAAAACAUUGGAGAAUAAAAUUUCGUAAUGAUUAUCCAGUAUGAUCUGUCUUGUUUGCUUAAGAUCUGAUUUCAGAGAGAAGCUGGCUCUAGUAGCAGAAUUAUUAGGAUGGUGGGAUUGUUACCAUAGUAACAUGUAGUCAAACCUAUUGCAACAUGUUAUUAUUUUGAUGUUAAAUCUCUUUAAGUAUCCUUUACCAUUUAUAAAUGUGUGGUUAGGAUCAUUCUUUAUUUUGUGAAGUAUUGCACCUCUGUUGUUGUUUACACACCAUGGUGUGUAACGUGAAACAUCAGUUCUGCAUCUUCACUUCUUUUUUGCUCUUGCUGUAAGUGUUCAUAUGCAUAUAUAAGAACAUGAGACAAUGCCAUGCAAGCUGUUCAGUUAUUUUUUUGUGUUUAUGUUGUCUCGGUAUGUGUCGUAUGUUGGUGCAUAUAUACUUAAAAAAUAACAGUUUUUUUUAUGGAAGUGAAUGUCUUGAGUGAAAUUUUAAUUUUAAUGAAGUUGUAUGAAAAACCAAGUAUUUUUUUUAAAAUAUCAAGUGUUCCAACUAAGCCAGUUUCCACAUGAAGUUUUAUUUUCAGGGUAAAAAUGAAAAUUUAAUUUCGGUCUGCUCUCCCUAAUUCGAAUUCCCACGGGGAAAAAUCUUUUGUUCAAAUUAUAGAGAGAUUCCAAUUAUUGAAAGUCUCUGUAAUUCCAACUUUCAGCUUCAGAGAAUGAAAAUUCGAAUUACAGAGGGAAAUUACGUUUUAAUUUUAAAAUCAAGAUAACACAAGUUUCAUUCAAUCUUUAUUUUCAUAGUUUACAGAAAAGAGAAAC